AUGGAAAAUCUUCAAUUCAUUCGUGCUGGUGUUAUUUAUUAGGAUUAGUUUUCAAUAUAAUUAAUAUUAGUUUGUUUGAAUGAUAUUCAUCUCAUGGAUGUUCUAAAGUUAGUAAUCUAGUAAAUUAUUUAAUUCAAUAAGGGAUUAACAAAAAGUGAUAGAAUUAUGUAAAAGAAUAUUAUUUAUUUAAAUUAUCUUGGAGAUUUAUUUUCAGCAAUACCCAAUGUUGUAAUGUUAUUAAUAAUUAUUAUUUAUUCUAUUAAUGGAUUUGCUGGAUUAUUAUUUGCAACAUCUGGAUACAUAUCAAUAUAUAUUAUUUAUGGUAUAAUAUACUAAAUAGGUUGUAAUUCAUGGGAAUCUUAUAAAUUGAA